CUCCGGGAGAGGCCACGCCCCCCUCGCCGGCGGUCGCGCGCCCGUUCCCUGCCGGCGCUUCCUGCCGCGUCCGCGCACCCGCCCCCCCCCGCCCCGAUCCGCGGCCGCAGCGCCGGCCGGGCCGAGCCGAGCGGGAACAUGAACACGGUGCUGUCCCGGGCCAACUCGCUCUUCGCCUUCUCCCUGAGCGUGAUGGCGGCGCUCACCUUCGGCUGCUUCAUCACCACCGCUUUCAAGGAGCGCAGCGUGCCCGUCAGCAUCGCCGUCUCCCGGGUCACGCUAAAAAAUGUAGAAGAUUUCACUGGGCCUAGAGAAAGAAGUGAUCUGGGAUUCGUCACAUUUGACAUUACUGCAGAUCUGCAGAGUAUAUUUGACUGGAAUGUCAAACAAUUGUUUCUAUAUUUGUCUGCAGAAUAUUCAACAAAAAACAAUGCUCUAAAUCAAGUGGUCCUUUGGGACAAGAUCAUGUUAAGAGGAGAUAACCCAAGGCUGUCCCUAAAAGACAUGAAGUCAAAGUACUUUUUCUUUGAUGAUGGAAAUGGUCUCAAGGGAAACAGGAACAUCACUUUGACUCUUUCCUGGAAUGUUGUACCAAAUGCUGGCAUUCUACCUCUUGUAACAGGAUCGGGACAUGUGUCUGUACCUUUCCCAGAUACCUAUGAAACAACAAAAAGUUAUUAAAUUAUAGUACUGAAUCAUAAGCAAGAUAUUUUUAUACUUGUAUAUUGUGAAUACAUUUUACUGCGGUUUCUUCUCACAUCCCAUGCAACUUUUUGGUGAAAGAAACUUAAUUUCCUCAGGUCUAACACCAUAGAAAAAGGAAAUUAAAGUUCAGUUUGGUUUUUUUUUUAAAUAAAACAUUGAAGCUGAAACUUAAGGGAAAGGUAAAUUGCAGAGUAAUGGUUUUGGAUGAGGGGGGGAAUUGAGGAUUAUUUUUUAUUUUUUUUCCUGGCCAUCUGGGUAGAGAUCUCUUUUUCUUUUAAAUAAAUAUUUUUAAACCAGAA